AUGGACUCUAACACGCCGGCGACGGUGACGUUGACGCUCCUCGAUACAGCGCUCGUCCAGUGCACUUUGGUGGCUUGCAUGACGCUUUUGAUUUAUGACUACAUCUGUACGCUGGAUCAAGAGGUUGCCUAUGUCUGGAAAAACUUCCAGUGGUCUGUGGGGGUUGUGCUAUUUCUCUUGAACAGAUACCUACCCUUCAUCGAUACCUUCGUGUCUCUCCGACUCAAGCUCUCUUAUGUUACCCCAGAGACGUGCGACACGCAAUUCAAAGUCGUCUCUUGGUUCAUCGUGACUGGAAUCAUUAUCUCAGAGACGAUCCUCCUCCUGCGGACAUACGCUCUCUGGGAACGAAAACGAUGGGUCGUCAUUCUCCUGGCAGUAACAGCCACUGCCGCUUUUAUCCCAGCCAUCGUGAUCACGCAGCUCGAGAUACUUUCAUUGAGAUAUGUCCAGAAUGACUUUCCUGGUUGUCGGGUGUCCCAGGCCAGCCCGAUUGUUAUCGUGGCCUAUAUACUCCUGAUGGUGUUGGAGACGACCAUGGCGGUCUUGACUGGGAUCAAGGCGUUUCGACAUCUCAGACACUCGAAUUCACCUUGGGUCGUUCAACUUUAUCGUGAUGGACUUAUGUUCUAUGUGUAUCUGACCUGCAUAUCUAUUGCUAACGUUUUGGUACCCAUACUCGCUCCGCGCACAUUCUCAAAUUGGUUAGCGACACCUCAACGCGUCAUGCAUUCCGUCCUAUGCACGCGAGUGCUCUUCCUCAUCCUCAAGCAACGCAACGCCGCGAACAUGACCGUUCGACGCCCAGGACGACGGUCCGGCGGCUCGCCGCGUCACCAAGACCCCGUCUUCACGUCGUUCUACGACGAGGAGCUCAGCACGAACAUGACGAUCAUACCGCCGAAUGACACUGAUAAUAUACCUUCGAUACAUGACGAUAAUGGGGGUUUGGACUCUAUGGAACUCUCGGAUCGGACACGGACUAAUACUCGUACUCGUUAG